CCUCAUAGGAGAGGCACCGACUUAAAUAAUGCAGUACUCGUGUAGACUGGUCAAGUAACAGUCUGCAGCUCAGAACAGUGUUGGCGACGAGGGGUUGUCUUUUUCUCUCGAUUGGAGCCCACAAUUUGAGCGGGCUCCCAAGUUCCCAAUUGCUCGACUGCUGAAUCUCACCAGUCAACGAUAACAAUGAGUGUUGAUAGCCAUGAUGACCUCUCAAUUUCGCUUGCCUCCUUCGGUUCCAAAUGCAUAGCACUCAAUCUGGAAAGUGCUUCAUUGGCUUCCAAUUCCUCUGGCAGAGGGAUUCUCAAGAAGAAAACGGUAGAGGAAUCCUUGUCGUCAAUGUACCUUUCCAUGAGCAGCAGUUUAGCUUCGCUUGGAACAUCCGUUACAUUCGACUCUGUAGAAAUCAAUGAACAUCCUAUUACCCUCGGCGUCAAUCCUGCUGUUGCAGAUGGAGGUCCUCCCAUUGAAAUUGAGUGGCAGGCCCAAUCCUACGAAGUGACGUCGGUCGAUGAUUUUGAGCUAGCAAGAGCCGAAGAGAACACUGCAUCCCGCACUGUGCGCAAACUGCCCCCAGGGGAACGAAUUGAUCUUCUCGUCAAAUCGGGCUUUACAAGAUUUGAGCUCGAGCGGACUGAAGAUGAAAUCAGCUCCAUCCGACUGAUGAGACAAAUGUCCAAGAGACAGGGGCAAAGGGAAGCUGCUGCAAAUGCCUCAGCUUCGAGUGAUUCCAAGGCACCGGUACUAUCACCAAGCAAGACAAGCAGAACAAGCAGAGACAGGAGCAAGGCAUACGGGAAACUAAUUAAAAGGUUUCGACUGCGAAAUGGGCGAAAAGCCGGGUCUAACUCGGAUCGGCAAUGACACCUUCGCUCCUCAACGAGCAGAACUUUAUCUUCUUCGACCUCCGCACAUCGUGCACUGUACCGGCACCUAUCCAGGUACCUUUUUUCAAUCUCUCUUCUUUUGAACCUUUGAAUAUAGAUAUUGUGUUGUCCACUUGCAAUGCAAAAACCAUGUAUAGAUUACUUCACAACAUGUC